CGCGAUUGCUGAUUGUCUACUUAUUACUAGAGAGGCCAGCAGAAGAUGGUAAAUAUUCUGUGACGUUUAAGAACACGGAUUUAAUAAAGACAUACCGAGGCCAUAUUGAUUUUUUGAAAUGAAGUGAGAGAGGUGUGGUUAACUUUCUCCCCCGUGGAAAUGUUUUCAUGUGUCGAAUUGUUUUGGCUGCGGUCAGUCUGAGAAAGACCGUGGUUAAAAAAUGUCGGGGUUUAACAGUCUUCAUCAUUUAUUGAAGAGAUAGGUUACAUUUUGUGGCCUAUUGUGGGCCACAAAACCAGUCGCGCUUGAGGAAUGCAUCGUGUAUAUUCGGAUCGACGAGGUUAGGAUAUCCCAUGAUCCACAUAAGUUCGACAACGGUUAUACCUUGGCUUCGUGUUGCUCCGCGCUGCCACAGGUAGCAGCGCCUUGUGGUGGGGGGGGUUUUGUUAUCAUCGCGGUGUGGCGCGUGGUAGAAGUGUCGUCCGUCGCAGCGACAGCAGAAGUUCCUGGGCGACCUGGACGCCAGUUAGCGUCCCACGCGCACCGCGUAAAAAGUUUGCGUGGGUGUAACCCCGCGUGUAUAAUGAGCAGCUGGACGGAAAGGAUGCAUCGUCGAGCGGCGACGUUGGGAAAUGUCGUGACAAGCUGCGGGCACCCGUCCUCGGUCCCGCCGUACCCUAGGCGUCUCGAAAAAGUGAAGUUUGGAGUACCACUGGACGAAGUUUGCAAGAAUGAUAUACCCGGCCCAUUAUUGGUUCUGAUUCUUAAAUUAAACAAAGAAGCACCACUUAGAAAAGAUGUUUUUCGUGCGCCGGGACACCAAGGAAACAUGAAGAAGCUUAUACAUUUCUUGCAAACCGGUCGACUGGUGAACAUGGAUAACUUUAGCGUCUAUACCAUAGCCAGUGUUCUCAAAAAGUUCCUACGUAAAAUUCCUGGCGGAGUAUUUGGCAGAGAGGGUGAACAGCAGCUUUUUACAGUUAUACAGUUGGACAGCAUCGAGCAACAGAGGGACCAGAUUCAUAAAUUAAUCACAUCUCUACCAGUCUACACACAACGCUUGCUUGUACUGUUGUUUGGAACGUUCAGGGUAGUCGCAGUGAACAGUGAAAGAGCUCGUACAGGAAUGUCCAGCGAAGCCCUGGGAGUAUCUGUGGCUCCUUCCUUUUUCCAGAGCUGUGUAAGUGAUGGAAAAACAGCAAAAAUGGAAGAUGUGCUCAGGUUCAAGGCAGAGGUCUCAGUUGCAACUCGAAUAAUGAAGUUCAUGAUAGACAAUUUUGGUGUUUCAAAUUUAUUUGGAAGAGAAAACUAUGAGUUUUAUGCUCGUAUCACAGGAAGAAUUUUGAAGGUGGAAGAAGACUGGAUUUUCAGCUUUCGUUAUCCUCCUGAUACAAUAGUUUCUAGGCAAUUAUCACUAGAAGCAGAAAAGACAUGGCUACAGUAUGAAUGUGAAAGAUGGGGCCUAAAAUUUAAUUUAGAAUCAAUGUCACACCAAGAAGAAUCGCAAUCCACACCAGCUUUAAUACAUGUACCAGAAUCUUUGGAUCUUACAUCGUCUCUUGGAAUAAUACCCGAAAAUACUUUACUCGAGAGUUACACCCGGCUAUCAGUUAGUCUCGAAGAGAACGGUUUAUUUCAGGCUUCAAGCAGAUCAUCCAGUAAUGGCAGUCAUCAUUCGCGGCAUGCCGGUAUGACGCUAGAUGAGCUCAGAGCUGUCAAUCGGUAUGCAGAGAGUACGAAGAGUCUCAGUUACUUACCACAGGUUCAUGAAAGGCAGACAGCAAGAAUGAGGACUAGAUCGGAAUGGUUCCUGACACCAGUAGGUGAACGAAUUGCUGCGACAGACAGUGACCCCACAGCUAUGCAUAUCUUGCGCGGAUCAAACAGAUCAUCUUCUGGUAACAUCGCUGCAGGGCUCAGUGCAAGCGCAGAAUCUGUAAAACGACCAAGCCUUCGUCGAAACUCAUCUCGAGAAAAAUCACGCUUACAUCGCAGCUCGUCGCGUAGAAAUAAGGAAAACGGAGCAAAGGUUCGAGCUGCGGAAGCUUCUAAAUCUCGUUCUUCGGAAGUCACCAAAUCAAAGACAGUUAGAGUAUCUCUUGAACAACCAGCUGAGAAAAUGUUAAAAAAUAAUGAGGAAACACUAAACGAUAAAGACGGUACAGUCGCACAAAGAAACGACAGUCCCAUAGGGCCACAAGAUUGCACUGAAAUGGACGUGCAGACGUUUCAUGUUACGUUGACUUAUAAACCAAGAAUAUAGGAAGAUAAUAAAAGAAGUCGAUAUUUAGGCAACUUUAUUUAUAGUUACGAAAAGAAAGUUCAACGUCAGAUUUGUUUCAUGACAUUGGCAGCUAGCGUCGACUCUGGUUAUCUUUUAACGUUAUUCAACUCAGAACCAGCCUGGGCCAAUGGGAUGAAGUAGGUCGGCGUAGCUUUGUUGAAAUCAGCGCUUAACUUCAGUCUCAAAGAAUUGAAGUAUCAUAAUUUACAAAUACGUGAUAAAGAGGUAUGAACUAUAAACUCUUGGGACGAACAAGAACAAAUGGCAAAAGAAAAAAAAAAUGUAUAAAGAACAGAAGCUAAAAUAUGAUAAAUGUAAGAGAUAAUACGUAAGGUUUUGCAUUUAAAGUUAAGCUGUUUCCAGAAAAAAUCGUUUUGACACAGCUAAAUUGUCCCAAAAUUGAAAUUACCAGUACACCAUUCCACGUGCAUUUAAUAAAUCCUAAUUUAAUCGUCGUACAUUUGCAUAAAUAAAUUAAAUUAUGGUAGCCAAUCGAGUUUGAAUUAACAAAACCACAAAUUUCUUGAAUCGCAAAUAUUCUCCAUGACUUUCAAAACUAAUGAUCUAGAUACCUAUUUUUCAAAUGACGUAUUAAUUGCGAUCAUUAUUUCAUAUUUGCUUUCUUC